UAAAAAGGUAGAAUGGUAUGGCCUAUUAUAGAGUUUACAAUUUAUAUUUUUUUAUCAAUUAUAAUAUUUGUUUUAAUGUGUACAAAGUUGUGCAACCAAAGAAAUAAAUUAAAUACUAAGCUCUAUGAAAAAAAGCUAGACAUUUUACACAAAAAAUUUCUUUAAUACCAUUCGAAAUAAAAACAAAGUUAGCAGAUUGACCAAUCGAAAUAAAUGGAUGAAGAAAAUUAGCAGAAAAAUCCCAAAAAAAAAAGCAAAGAGUUAGAAUGUAUUACACAUGACAUAGGCAAUUUUAAAAUUAUGGAUUAGCAAUUGCAAAAUGUAAAUAUAUUGAAGAUUAUGAGACUUGUCAAAGUAAAUGGAGAAUCUUUCAAAAAUUCUAAAAUGAGUGACAUAAAACUAUACUAAAAAGUAAGGUGGUUUCAACUAAUAGAGUACUAAAACAUUAUCAUAAAUAAGCUAUUCAGCUAAGUUAAGGUCUAUGAGAAAUCGAAAUUGAGACUAGUUUGGUUUUUAGCACAGUAGCAAAUAAAAAGAAAGAGUGUAUUUUACUUAAUUCUAAAAGAUGAAAAAAUUGGAUACUUGCAUAGAAUUGCUAGUAUUUUUAUUUUUAACAUAGAAAUAGCUGCUAUUCUUGUUUUAUGCUAAUCAAUUAGGAGAACUUUUAUAUUUUCUUGGUAUAAUUUAGACUCCGAAUACUAGCAUAUAAAGUAAAAAAUAACUGAAAUACAAUAAAUUAAAAGUUCUUGCUUUAAAUUGAGCAAGGGAACUACAAAUAUAAUUAUUUCUGUCACUAUUUUGGUGGUUGCUGUAUAUUAAUCUAUAUGCAUGUCUAGUGAGAUAAACUACAAUAUAGAUUACUUAAUUGCAUUAACUUGGUUAACGAUUUGCGUUCUAGAAGUCUUUCUUUUUAGAAACUUUUACAUUAUAGCUUUUAAUUACUUUUUACAAUUCAUAAAUACUGUUUCUUAAUUACAAUAGAAUAUUAGAACAAUCCUCUUAGUCUACUUUAUAAUUGAAAAGAUAUAAAAAAAAGGAAAAGCUAGAGAAACUGAUGAUAUAAGAAGGUCAAUAAUGUAAAAAAUUAACACUUAACAAAAAAUCUAGAUGUAAAAAUAAAUGACCAAAGUUAAAACAUAGAAAGCAAAAUCAGACAAAUAGCUUUAAAAGACAGAGAAGUAGUAAACAUAAAAACCAAUAAUCGAAGAUAAAGAAGCAUAGGAUUAAAAGUAAGAAUAAAAUGAAGUUGAUGAAAAGAACUAAAAUGAAUAAUAAAAAGAAGAUAUUUAUGGAGACAUUGAUGAUUUAUUCAAUUUCAGCAGCAGCUUUUUUGAGGAAGAUUUUGAUGUUGAUGAUGAUACUCAAAAGUAAGAAAGCUAAAGUAAUAAUUUAAGAGAAUCUGAAAAUAAUAACAACAACAAUAUUCUUCCUUAAAGUAUUUUGAACAGAAAUACAAAUUCUAUUAACAGCUAUAAAGUAGAACAAAAUGAUGAUAAUAUCCUUGAAGUUAACCAAUAGGAAACUACAAAAGAAAACCAUUAAGCUCUUGAUAAGAUAAGCUAAGAAAUAGUAGAAUGCAACACCGAAUAAAAUAACAACAUAGAGAAAAAACUAAAUACUUCACUCGCCUUUCAUGAUGAAUCAGUAAUUUAAGAAGAGUAGCAUGUUAUCAUAGAUACAAAUACAGAAUUAAAGCAACCUAAAAAUAAAAAAAAUUAUACUUAUUCUCGAAUACUGAAUUCUUCUUGUGAAAUUUAUACAGUUAAGUAACUUCCACAAAUCGGUUCUAAUAAUGGAAAUACCUCAGAUAUUAAAUCCUUUUAAACAUCUGAAGCUUUUAACCAAAAUAACUAUAAUAAAAAUAAUAGUAAUAUUUUAACUUUUAAUGAAUUUAAAUAGAAUAUAUGUGAAAAUAUGUAGAACAAAUAGAGCGUUCAUAAUGAUAAUUCUUUAACAAUUAAUAGAGAAAUUAGCAUUGGGAGAAUAAAUAAUUUAUAAGUAUGUAAUAUCAUGAAACUGCAAGAUUAAAAAAAAUACGAAAACGAUGUGUCUUUCUUAAAAAAUCUAGCAGAGCUCAAAACUAUCAAGUAAAACAAUAUUGUCUCUUUGAAUAAAACUAAUAACGAAAUAUCGAUAUUUGGAUAAAAAGAGACUUCAUUUCUUGUAAGUGACGAGAUAAUUUAAAAUAACCAAUAAAAAAAUAAUAAUAGUGAAUCAAACAUUCUAAAUAAAAGCGAAUUGCUGGAAAUACUCAAGCCAUGUGGUUUGAAUUUCUAGCAAAAUGCUUGA